UUGCUUCACCCAAAAGCGUUUCAAACUAGUAGGUGCAACAGUACUGGAAAAAGAUAAGAGAAUUGAAGCAGCUGAAACAUGUGCCCGACAACAGAGGCUUGGGUUGUGGUAACCAGUGUUGGAGUCGUGGAGGCCUUGAAGGAUCAAGGUUAUGGCAGGUGGAACAACGCCGUGAGGUCAACACACAAGCAUGCCAAGAACCAAAUAAGGUCGGCAGCUCAAGCCAAGAAACUCUCUAAGCCUUCUUCGUCUUCCUCGAUGUCGACGUCAAAGAAGCUCAGAGAUGAUGAGGGGAUAAACAAGUCGGAGGAGUCUCUGAGAACGGUUAUGUUCUUGAGCACCUGGGGCCCCAACUCCUGAAUCAGAAGCUAAGCCUGAUUUAUCAGAGAAAAUCUCACACAUGCUCAUAAAAUAAUGGACUACUCAUCAAUGAUCAGCCGCCUAUCUUUCUAUAGAGUCAACGAGCUUAAAAGCGGCCUUGGCGGUGAUAAGUUGAUACGGCCAUGUGUGUAAUGCUUAGAGAUAAGAUAUGUAAACUAAAAAUAAAUUCGAUUUCCAUUGUGACAACAAUGAAAA